GCAUCCUCCUUCUUUCGGCGGAAAACGCUUUCCAAGUCGCACGCUUUUCGAGUUUCUUCCGUGGGAUUCAACCUUAACUGCCCCCCAAAAUGUCCGAGGAAGUGGUGGAGUCGACCAACCAGGAUGCGGGCCUCCUGCCGCCGCAGCCACAGGACGAGGAGGUCUGGGAGGAGGAGGGCGACACCACAAUGGUCGCCCAGCAGGCCACCGAGUGGCCGGAAAUCAAGCUCUUCGGCCGCUGGGCCUGCGACGACAUCUCGAUCAGCGACAUCUCGCUGCAGGACUACAUCGCCGUCAAGGAGAAGUUCGCCCGCUACCUGCCGCACUCCGCCGGACGCUAUGCGGCCAAGCGGUUCCGCAAGGCCCAGUGCCCCAUCGUGGAGCGCCUCACCAGCGGCCUGAUGAUGAAGGGCCGCAGCAACGGCAAGAAGCUCCUCGCCUGUCGCAUCGUCAAGCACGCCUUCGAGAUCAUCCACCUGCUGACCUCGGAGAAUCCGCUCCAGGUGACGGUCAACGCCAUCGUCAACUCCGGUCCCCGCGAGGACUCCACGCGCAUCGGACGCGCCGGCACUGUGCGCCGCCAGGCCGUCGAUGUGUCGCCAUUGAGGCGUGUCAACCAGGCGAUUUGGCUUAUUUGCACUGGAGCACGUGAGGCUGCUUUCCGUAACAUCAAAACCGUGGCCGAAUGCCUGGCCGAUGAGCUUAUAAACGCUGCCAAGGGAUCUUCCAAUUCGUAUGCCAUCAAGAAGAAGGACGAGUUGGAGCGCGUGGCCAAGUCGAAUCGUUAAGCUGCGAUUUUUUUCUCUUUUUCACGAACUGAUGCAAACGUACAUACGUUGUUAUGUAAUCAUUUCAUCUUCUAACUAAAUACAGGAAUGUAUUUUAUA